GCCGAGCUGAACCAGACCAGGGCCGAGCUGCGGUCCAUGAAGAGGAGGGCCGCCCACUCGCAGCAGGAAGCCGAGAGCGCCGAGCUGAACGACACGCUGGCCUGGGAGAAGGCCCGGGUGGCGCAGCGCGAGGCCGAGGAUGCAGACCAGCGCGCCAAAGAGAGCCGGCUCGACGCGGAGCAGUCCAAGCAGCUCGCGGCGAGGCGGGAGAGGCAGGCCGAGAAGGCGCAGCAGGAGGCGGCCGCCUCCAG